AUGAAUGCUCUAUCAGGAACAAAAUGUAUAUAUCUUAAUAUUUCAGGAUUUCGAAAAGUUUCGGUUUGUUUUUCUAUACUUUUUAUAUACUCUUCUGAUCUGCUUGAGACUCUUAAAAAAAACGCUUUUUUCUUUAAAACGGAUCAAACAUAUAAAAAAUACCUUAAAAAAAUUACACAGAAUGGACUUGUUUCAUUAUUGAUAUGGAGUAGUAGUGCUACACUUGCCGUACUUUUCUUUUCUCAAGGCAUUCCUCGUGUACGCACUCAAAUUCAUCAACAAUUACCUGUAUUCGGUUCUUCAUUUAAUACAGAUAUUCCACCAUCUGAUAUACCUCAAUAA